UUUAGCGCGGAGUUUGUUGUCGGCGGAAGAGGCUCUGUCAAAGUUACAAUAAAGUGUUUAAGUCGACUUUACCACAAAUAAACUUCCAAAGUUAACAUUAAACUGAGGAGAGAAUACGUAAAGACGAUAUGGCGGAUUAAUGAAACCCGUAUUUUCAAUUCUGUGACUUUCAAUAACCAAGUGAAGCGAUGGAGCUUUCUCCUGUCUGCUCUGAGGACAUCAGCUCACAUGGAGGCAUUUUGAAAUCAGACACAGCUCACAGGAAAAGAAAAAUCUCAAAGGAUGUGGAGCUGGAUAUUGAGUCCCUGUACAAAGCUGUCCCUCAGCUCUCCAAAGUGUUUCACAUCACAGACAAAAUUGGAGAAGGCACCUUCAGCUCAGUGUACUUGGGUGAAGCCCAGAUGCGUGAUGGGAGAAAAGAGAUGUUUGCACUGAAGCAUCUCAUCCCCACCAGCCAUCCGACACGCAUCGCUGCUGAACUUCAGUGUCUGACUUUGGCAGGCGGCAGGGAGAAUGUGAUGGGAGUGACGUACUGCUUCAGGAAGGCGGACCACGUUGUAAUCGUAAUGCCAUACAUGGAGCAUCAACCUAUUGUGGACAUCAUCGGGUCACUGAGCUAUGAAGAGGUCCGUCUGUACAUCUACCACCUGCUGAAAGCUCUGAAACACAUCCAUCAGUUUGGGAUCAUCCAUCGGGACAUUAAGCCAAACAAUUUCCUCUACAACAGGAAGCAAAGAAUGUAUGCGCUUGUGGACUUCGGCUUGGCUCAGGGAACCGCUGACUCCCAGAUUGAGCUGCUGAAGGUGAUGAGACAGAAGCCAUCACAGAAAGGUGGAGGGCUGCCAGGGAAACGGGAAGCAGCACAAAGAAGCAGAGCAUUUCCUAAACCCCCUGUUAAGACCAGCACCGCUCCAACUUCACUAGCUCUACCGCCACACCAAUCAGUACCUUCUACCUCCUCUUCUUCCUCCUCUCCCUGCAUCACCACAUCCUCCCCAGCACCUGGGAAAGCACUGGUUAGAAAAGCACGGGCCACCUCCACCUCCUACUCUCGAACAAAACUCACAAAGGAUUUGGCAGGACUCCGCAGAGUUCCUCGACCAGUGUUUGGAGAGAGAAAUUUGAACAGCUGCACACCAGCGCCCCCUACCUCUAAGCAUGCACCACUUAAGACUGAAUCGCUAAAAGCCAAGAAGACAGCGGAUGCAGCCAGCUACAAACAUGCUUCAGCCAACCGGGGCCUGGUGUCGGUCAGGACGUCCAGCAGCAGCCAGAAACCACAGCGGGCCCCUCAGCAGGGCCUCACAUGUAACUGCUACCUCACUGAUCGCGUCUGCAACGUCUGCCUGGCCAGAAAGCAGCAGGUUGCACCAAGAGCGGGGACUCCCGGUUUCAGAGCACCAGAAGUCCUGACCAAAUGUCCCAACCAAGGCACAGCCAUAGACAUGUGGUCGGCUGGUGUGAUCCUGCUGUCCCUGCUCAGUGGCCGCUACCCCUUCUUUAAAGCCAGCGACGAUCUGAUUGCCCUCGCACAGAUCAUGACCAUUAGAGGCUCCAGAGAGACCAUUCAGGCUGCAAAGACAUUUGGAAAAGCAGUGGUGUGCAGCCGGGAGCUUCCUCGCCAGGACCUCAGGACGCUUUGUGAGACGCUGAGAGGACGGCGGUCUUCAGCGGACGUCACCACGGUUCCAGAAGCAGGUGGAGAGACGUCCGCCGCCCGCAGGAGCACAGACCAAGAUGAAACUCCAACACCCUGGCCCAACGGCCCUCAGCUCAGCACGCACAAAGAAGAAGUCAGUGAAACUUGCCCAGAGCAACACAGACGUUCAGGUAGCAGCAAAGCCCCAACCAAUCAGAGCUUCCUGUCAGAAAGUAAAGUGGGGAAUGAUAAGAAGGGCUGGGACAGGGUUCCUGACGAGGCCUUUGACCUUUUGGAUCUGCUGCUGGACCUAAACCCCUCCACGAGGAUCACAGCUGCUGACGCUCUGCAGCAUCCUCUCUUUAAGGAUCUGUCAGCAGGAUGAGAGCGUGUGGCUCUCCAGGCUGGGAUUAGAACUCUUAAUGAAUAAAUAGUUCACAUGAUUGUUUAGCAGGGUAAGAGUUCAUAUUGGAAUGAAGAAGUUAUCUAAGAAGAAGACUUUAAAAUAAAACAUUGGUGUAAAUAAAGUUUAGACAUUUUUCAUGGCA